AUGAACAACGCUGAAGUUGUGCAGUCGACGGAUAAUAUGGGAGAGAUCAACCAGAGCGGCAUAUUGAACAAAUCAAUAACGGAUCAAGACCGAUUCAGAAGCUUGGAAGAUAUCGAUGUCAGCGCCGACGGGAGUCCGUUUUUGAGGUUCUUGAUCUCCAUAACGUACUCGGUGGUGUGCGCUGUUGGCUUGGUAGGGAACCUGCUGGUAUUUUUCUUUAUUAGAGUGAGACAGGAGAGGAGGAAAUCAAAAAUAAACUUCUUCAUUUUGAAUUUAGCUGUCACGGAUUUUCAGUUUGUAUUGACUUUGCCCUUUUGGGCAGUGGAUAACGCACUGGAUUUCAGCUGGCCAUUUGGAGAUGCCAUGUGCAAAAUAAUCUUAUCUGUCACAGUGAUGAACAUGUAUGCAAGUGUUUUUUUCCUCACUGCUAUGAGCGUUACACGGUACUGGUCUGUCGCCUCGGCUUUAAAAGACCGCACUCGUCACGCAUCCUGUUCCGUGAAAUGGGUCAGUGUUAUUCUGUGGGUCUUGGCAACUGUGGCUACUACACCAACGUCAAUCUUCUCAACAGUCACAAACGUGGCCGGAGAGAAGCUUUGUCUGUUGCGAUUCCCUUAUGGUCAGUACUGGUUGGCUGUCUACCACCUUCAGAAAAUAUUGGUUGCCUUUGUUAUACCCAUGGCGAUAGUUUCUGUCAGCUAUUUAUUGCUUUUAAGACUCAUUCGUCAACGCGGUAUGAAGAAUAAUUCCAAACGCAGAACGCAAGUUACCAAGUCGGUCACUAUUGUGGUUCUCUCAUUCUUUCUCUGUUGGAUGCCCAAUCAUGCCAUCACAUUCUGGGGCGUUCUGGUAAAACUGAACGCUGUCUACUGGGAUAAGAGCUAUUAUAUCGUUCACACAUACGUAUUUCCAGUGACAGUGUGCCUUGCCCAUGCCAACAGCUGUUUAAACCCUGUCAUAUACUGUCUAAUGCGAAGAGAGUUCAGGAAAAAGCUGAGGGACUUGUUUUUUCGGACCUAG